AUGGCUGUCGGAUCGCCCUCCUCGUUUACGACCGCUCGCGAUGGCGAGACCGCUUUCCUCACCCCGCCAUCAACCACUCAGACCUCUCGAAACUCGCCAGCGAGUGCUCCUCCUGCUCGGUAUAGGCAAGCGACCCAGCUGCCCUUCGAGCUCGCUCACCACUCUAGCGUGUAUCUGGAGUCGGACCUCCAAGGUUAUGGUCUGCUUACCAGCCUCCUCCGAUCCGGCUCGUCGUCCAGCCCGUCAGAUCGCCUGCCUGCACAAAUCCCACCGAUCCAGCUCUUCGAACUCUCCGCAACUCUCGUUGUCUAUCCUGCCGCCACAACCAGGGCAACAACUCCCGACAAGCUACAGGCCUCCAACGCCGCCGCCAAAUAUCUCCGCGACGUAAACCGCGUCGUCGGGCCAGUGAAUGCUGGCUUCGCAAAGGCAUUUGUCUUUACCGGACUUAAUAGUCCCAAGAGCCGUGGCUGGAGGAGACGCGGGACCUUGGGCUCCCCAAUAAAUGGCGACAGCAAACGAGUAGAGGAUGAGAGACCAAUCAAGUCCGCGGUAGCACAGCAGAAUAGUCUGUGGGCCAAGGCUGACGACUUCUGGCGCGUCGUGGGCUGGGCUUUCAACUGCUCCGUCAAAUACAAGGCAAGGUGGGAGCGAUGGAAGAUUUGGCUGGACUUGAUGCUGGAGAUCAUGGAAGACGACUGGAAGGAACGCAACAUAUUAUACGACGAGCAGCAGGACAGUACGGCAAGUGACGAGUUGCUCCAAAAAAGUAUCAUCGUCCAAUACCUGAUCGGCGCCAAUGCGAACUCACUGGUGGGCCGGAGGAAGUUACUCAGUGCCAUACUUGCUGACGGCGGAUCCAAAUCCAUGAGCGAGUUCAAAGAAGUCUUCAAGGAUGAACUCAAGGGGAAGAAGGAGGAAAGCGUCAAACCAAUCAAGGAGAUGAGGCUUGAUGAAGGAGAUUUUGGCGAUCUUGGAAUUGACCCUGACGAAGAUGAUGACAUAGACGAUGCCGACGCCGGGAACGGCUCGGCUUUGCCAAUACGGAAGAGCGGCAGGAGCACAAACACCAAUACUCAAGACGACAGCAUAUCACCGACUGACCGCCUUGGAGGGAUUGAUUCUGUCAGACUGCGCCAACGCAUCCUUGCUUUUCUCCCGGUUAUUGCAGAAAGGCUUCCAGCCUACUUCACUUCGCGCGAGCAUCUCUUCGACUCCUAUACCGAAUAUUUACGUCCUUUGCCUGCCCCGACGUUCGCCACACUGAUCCGUACUUCGAUGCUUCCUACACCUGCAAUGUGUGUCUUGGCCGCCAACACGCUCCUUCCGUUGUUCCCACACUCACCUCCUGUGUACAAUCUCGUUCCCCCGUCCCAAGAUGAGUGGGCAGAGUAUUUCCUUCCCUACGCUGCGAACACGCAUAGUUUCGCAGAUAACGCGAAAGUCACCAUAUUGCUCCAACAAGUAGUACAGGCAACCUUACCGGAGAUGAAGUGGAGCAAGCAUUGGGUUGAGCAAGUUCUCAAGGGCAUACGUGCCAGAAGAAAGAAAGCACGCGGUCUAAACAAGUCUGGUGGCGGUGGUAUACGGUCUGACGAGAUGGUAGCGAAGGAGAUAUUUAAGGAGAGCGAGCAGCUCCUGCUCCUACUCGUGCAGUGGGUCGAAGAUGAUGCCAAUGCACCACCGACAGAGCGCCCGCAGAGGGAUGACCUUAUUCCCAAGGUUCAAGCAGCAGGAUCACGUGCCGGCUCCGUGUCUGAUCUCUCAUCGGUUCCAUCAGAAUCGGAAGAUGAUUCCUCAGAGCUCGAGGAUUUCGGAGACGUGGAGAUGAAGGACUGA